AUGUUAUCAACGCAUUUGCUGGGUCACUGCGUGCUGUACGCAUGUCUUGGACAGCCUUGUCCUAACUUAUCAUCCGAUUUUAUCUCCUCGUUCAGGUCAUUUACAGUGAACGCCGACCAGAAUAGAAAGGUUAGAAACCUCUUACCUCCGAGUGAUUAUUUGAUUAUUUGCUUUUGUUUUCUGCUCAAUUUGCACAUUUCUGACACUGCUUUGAGCAUCAUGUCUACCACAAAGAACUCGUUCUUUUCACACUUCUUUCCUUUGGCCAAACAGGACCAAAGAAGUCAAGAGGUAGCCCCAAUUACUCACAACCAAGAUCUGACAUCAUCGUCAUUAUCGUCCACUAUGGAUAAGCUCAAUACGGGUACUAGUCAAACGGUGAAUGAACGCGGGCCCAACUGGGGCAAUCGAGAUCAUCUACUGCGGCUCGCAUUCGUCUUCGACACCAACAACUAUUGAUCACUCACUCCAUCCGCUUUACCAGAUUUGAAGCGGACACUUAUUUUUCGACUAUCUUAUGGGUAUUUAUCAAUGCUUCAAAAAAAAAGCAAUGAGAAUGAAGAUUGUCUACACAAC